AUGAGAACCAACACGUGCAUUAUUAAUAAUGUGGAUGAUGCCCUGCGGGCAGAUGUAGCCUGCAAAUAUAGUCAGCGUUACCUUGUGUGUUCAAACCUGAUAAUGUGUAGCGAUUCUCUUCGCCAUACAGAUGAAAGUGCGUCUGAAGACAAUGAGAAGGCCAUUAUUUUGUACAAAAAUGCUGAUGAAAUUAUGCGUAUUAAUGUUCUGCACAAAGGUUUCAAUAUACACAAUCAACCCAAAAAUUACAUGAAUUUUCGGACAAGUAUUGAAGAAAUAAUAUAUCAUGCGGUUAGAGCGGACAUAGCAAAGUCGCCGUACACUAGCUUCAAAAUUUCGAAUAAGUACAUAUCUGUAAUAAACGACUUCGAUGUUCUUACAGACGCGCGCUCUCUUAAAGCGCUAGUGAAGAUGAUUUUCGAUUCUUCCAUCCGUACUUCUACUGUCAGACACCGUGUUGGGGACCUGUUCCUCUUUGAUGAAUUCGGCAUUGAUUCGUUCAUCCUAACCAGCUCUUCUUACGGUCACUGGCCAUGGCUGGAAGGAUUUAUUCAUCGCCACAAGAUUUAUCUAAAUGGAGCUGAAUUCACUCGACACGCUCUGACUAUGCGUGACCUUUAUAUUAAUUUCCUCUAUCACACUGUUGGGCCGAAUAACUCAUUCGUUGGUGAUUUGACACAAAAUAUAAUUAAAAGUGGUUCUGGAAGUUCUAAUGGCCCAGUUUCCAACCGCGCCAAGGCAAUUGUUUCAUCAUCUCCACUGGAAUUGGCGGCUUGCAAUGUGCCGCCAAACUCUUCCUCCGAUAACCCAUCAUCAGAGUUCAAUCGAAAUGCGGAUGACUUUCUACGCUUGGCCAAGUGGAAAAUCGAUGACCUCAGUUUUCUUGUCGGUUCUGACUUAGCCAUCUUUGGAACCAAAAAUCAUCCUUGCAUCAGCUUGCGACUAAAUUCACUUCGCGAACCGAUAAAUGUACUGACAGGCAUUGACAUGUGGCUGGAGAAUAUUCUCAACGAAGUGCCCAAGGUGGCGAUGUGUUUCCACAACGAGGGGAUCGUGAUGCAGGAGUACGAGCUGUACAAUACCACCGACUUACCCAAGCUGACGGGUUUCGAUAAGGAUCAUAUCCUCCGAAUUAUGCGUAACUUGGCAAUGUUCCUCAAAAACAACGCCACACAGGAGGGUCACACCUAUUGGCUUGUGAAGGAAGCUGGGUUUGAUGUUGUAAAACUGUAUGAUCUCACGGUGCUUUGCGACAAGUCGAAUGUUUCUAAUGCGUAUCAUGACUUUGAGAGUGAUAAAGAGGGAAUUGAGAGUGUGGAUGGAAGUUCUGGUGGUGUUAAUCCCUUUAUCCUGCCGGUGGCGACCCUCUGUUUUAAACUAGCCGAGCACCGAGUUUCUCAGCGAGAUCGAUACCUCAAACAGCAAGCUACUAACCCCAGCGUCAUUGUCAGAACACGUAAUUCGGGGGCUGGACGGCAGGAGAGCAUGGACGACUACUUGACCGACCUGCGUGCCUUCCUUACCGACGUUCUACGACUGCUGAAAAAUUGUCUUAAUCUCAUCGGCACUAUGGAGGAGGGGGCGGGUGAGGCGUACGAGCACAGUCAAGCCCUACCCGGCUCGCGAUCUUCCUCGCCUGGCCGUCCACCGUCUCUAAGGCCCUAUGCUGACCUCAAGUCGAGGGCUCUGCUUCUACUCUGUCGGCUCUAUCUCUCCACCCCGCCUGAGGACAUCAUAGUAUGCGCCUCUUUGGUGCUCAAGCCCACGCCAGCUGCGCCUGAGAUGGUGAGCGUGAGUGUGGCAGAGUUUGCGAAGGAAAGCGGUGCUGCACCAGAUGUAAUGAACGCUGUCUACCCACCAACUUCCACACGAUCGCCACCACCACAGGCCUCUCCCGGAUCUGUGCAGACGUCUCCAUUGAAGUCCUCCAAACGUCGGACGUUACGGCUCGGCGAUUCCAUCAUUGAAGCCUUCCGCUCUCCACAGACCGAUCGCGUGUCAAUCCUUACCACACAGCUGACCGAGACUCUGCGUCCGGCACUGCCGUAUGUGGAACUAGGGCUUGAUCUCGGCGGCAGUGGUGGAGGUACCAAGGCAGAUGCCCCCGCGCUGGUGGCGGUGGCUGGUGGGGAAGGGACGGAACGAUGGAAGCGGUGGCGCGCUCAGGCUACCGAAAUGCUCCCUUUUGUGGUUGUCAAGCAGGCGGUGGUGCAGGCCUGUCGCCUGUGGUCGCGUGUCUUUCCCCUCGGCAUUUCUCCCGACACCGUCACCCCCGCUAAAUGUCGACGUCUUCAUGAAUGUUCUCAACUCGUUGUCUCUGCUCUUUUUCACCUCGAACACCUUGCUCCUCAGGGGUCUUGUCGUUUCUGCGGCCAGCAGUCACUGUCUGCGCCUGAUGGCGCCUCACCCGCCUACCAACUCGGUGUAUCCGCGCGUCGCUUCUUCGUCCACCUUGUCCUGGGUCUCCAAGAGGCGCGCAGUCGCGGUGCGAGCCUGCAGUCCAUACCAGAUGCGGCGGUCAAAGUGUCCAGGCGUUCUUUCCUAAACCUAACUCUUGCAAGAGUCUGCCCUAAGGCCUCACUUCUUUUGCUUCCGGUGUUGAGAGUGAUGACGAGUGGUCUGGGCGGUUCUCUCCACGUCUGUAGAGAGGCUGACACAUGUAUGUACUCCAUCCCCACUGCCUGCAUGCUGAACACAUGGUUGAGGACGUUGGAUCUUGUAGUCGAUUACCUUAAUCAGCUCAUACCCCUGGCUUUCUCCACUGCUGCUACUCCUGUGGCCGUUGACGACACCUCCCGCUUCCUGCCUGACAUUCGCCUACCAAGCUACCUUUCAUUCGCACUCAACGAAUUCAUGCUUGCGUUGCGUAUCUAUGGCUCCAAUUUCCCUGACAUGGAACCAGAUUCCGGUGUCACGCAGCACUUCACAAAGUGGCUAAAGCGCUUCCUUUAUCUGCUUAAUACGCCCAUUUUAGAGGAGUGCUUUCAGCGUUUGCCCCAUUCGCUGCAGUUGCUAAUUCACUCAUUGCGCUUCCAGUCGAUCAAAGUAGCCGCCGUGAAGGCACCGGAGAUCCUGCAGCCGUCGAAGGCCCUCGUCGAGGCCGAAGGCCAUCCUCUCCCACCGAUUUUGCAAUACCUUGGAAUGGCCAUCGAUGCACUUGCUCCGAGCUUCUCUGUGCUCAGCGCUACCGAUCUGUGCUCCUCUCAGAUCGAUUUGGGUCCCUUCGUGAAGCUCAUUCUUGACGUCUUGCGAACAGCCAACGAGUACUUUGUCUAUGGUCUUAAGGAACUUGCAGCGAAUGAGACCCCAAGCCUUUGGCUAGUGAACAAUAUUGCAUCGGUUCAGCACAAAGUGGAGAAACUGUUACCCUUUCAGCUGAACAAUCUCCUUUCCACCGACCUAUUGCAGCUCGGUGCCUCUAGCGCGCGGCGAAAAGCCGCUUCAGGCGACAUUUGCUACCGACUGCUGCAUGGCUAUCUCGGUCCCUUGGACGUUCGUAUGAUAAUCUCUUUCCGCCUCCACAUGGUCAAAAUUUCGGUCUUCUCGAAGCAGCUCGCAAACACACAUUACUCCAAUCGAUUCGUGACCACCAUCUCCGAACAGCUGAAGGUCUCUUUGACCUGGCUGCAACGACAUCUCAGCAUCUGCGGUGGCUGUGGUGAUGCUGAUUGCGAUGACGCUCAGUUGAAGUACGAGGACUACAAACUCGUUAUUUCCAUUGUCACGGACAUGGUUCUGAUACAGAGUGUUCAAAAAGACAUACUCUCUGAAUCUGGCAUCCAGCAUAUCCUCCGCGAUGCCGUCAUAUUGCGUCGUGUUGUCGAUGCACUCCAUGAUUACCUUACCAAAGCUGAGAUUGAAUUGCUUUCCAAAUUGUUGUCCAAGGAACUGCUUCCUCCACUUUUGCAGCUGGGUAAGACACUGUACUACCUCUGUCUCAGCCUCUAUUUAAAGGUUUGCCAGCCUUCUGUCAAAUCGUCUGUACGACGCAACAGGAAGAGAAUGAGUGAUAGUGGCAGUCGUAGUGUCGAAGCCCUCUGUCUAAGCAACGCUGUCGACGUCCCCUCAUCAUCGGGGGCUAAUCGCAUGUUGAACUUCCUUCGACUGGAGCUCACCAUGAACGAUGUUGAUCACACGUCACGUAUGCUAACUGUUGCUCACAUGGCCGACAAAAUGGCUACCAAACCUAAAAUCCAUGUGAUAGUAGGCGCGGUGGUGACUCAUCGUCGUGCGUGCUACGGAAGCCGACCCCCAAAUUCCAAGGUCAUGGAUCUGAGACUAGCCAAGACGCCGAACGCAUGUAUCGAGGCAGGAGAGAAUAGCUAG